AUGGCAGUGAGCUCCAAUGCGACAGAGCUGGGCCUGGUGCUGCUGGCGUUGGCCUUUGGAGCUGUGCUGAACGCGGCCAACCUGCUGCUGACCCUGCUGCCACUGUACCGCAGUGGUGGUGGGGCGGCGUCUGCUGUGAGCGGCGGUGGAAAGGUGACGGUGGUGAGCGGCGUCAUCUGCUCCAUCUCCCUGAGUAACACGCUCCUCAGUCUCUCCUGCAUCGCCAUCAUGCUGAUGGUGUUCUACGGAACACUCGCCACCAGGUCUGGUCAGGUUAACCCUUUCUUCACCGCGAUGCUCUAUGUCUGGCUGAGCAGUUGCUUCGUCAGUUUCUGGGCUAUCGCCUGGCUCAGCGUCCUCUACUGCGUCAAGGUGGUGAGCUUCUCGUGUGGGUUCCUGAGGGUUCUAAAGAGGAACAUCUCAGUUCUUGUGUCGGCUGCUCUGCUGUUGACUCCGCCCUCCGCCCUCCUCCUGGCCGGCCCCAUGCUCACCCUGCGCUACGUCUUCGUACCAAUACCAGCACUCACACACAACGCUACCAUCAUCACACUACCACCACUCACACACAACGCUACCAUCGUCACACCACCAGCACUCACACACAACGCUACCAACAUCACACUACCACCAACAACAUCACCACUCGCACACAACGCUACUAACACGACCAGCAGAGCUAUUUUACAGAGCACCACAGACGCAACCAGCACUAUGCCACUGAACAUCACCUUUAAUCUGAACACCGCCUCUAAUUUCAACGUCAGUAACUCUAAUCUAAAUGCCGGUAGCGCCAUCACCAAUCCCUCUAAUCUGACGACCAGUAGUUCCACUAACCCUCUGAACGUCAGUAGCUCUAAUCUGAAUGCCAGUAGCUACCCCGCGGGCGGCUUCCAGGUCUCCAUGGAGCUGGUGGAGGGUCUGGACAUAAUGCUGUACACCAUGAUCUUCGUCUGCGUGAUGUCCGUGCUGCCGCUGAUGGUGAUGGUCCCUGCGGCGCUGCGGCUGGUGGCUCACCUGUUCCAGCACACCUGGGCGCUCCGCAGAAACCAGACGCCCAGCCAGAGCUCCGCAUCCUACCUGCAGCUCUGCAAGCUGACGGUGUCUCUAGUGGCUGUGUACGCUGCGACGCUCCUCAUCGUCUCCUUCUACUUCAUGUCUCUCCUGGCCGGCUCAAACAUGCCCUAUGACAUCAUCAUGCUGGGCUGCACUUUCUACUGCGUCCUUACGGGGACGCUAUUAGCCGCCUCCAACCGCCAGAUCAGGGACACACUCGCCGUAACCCUCACCCAACUCAAGGUCAAACUCAAACUCACCCAGUUACCCUAACCCUCAUCCUAAUCCAGCUCAAGGUCAAAAUCACCCUGACACCCAGUCACCUUAACCCUAACCCCUAACCCAGCUCAUGGGCAGACUGCAGUGCGCUCGAUGCUACCAGGCUCCCAGGCAUCCACAGCAGGGACGUCACACUAGUCACUACGGAAAUACACCAAUCAACAUGGAAACGCAUAAGCCAGUCACCAGGGAAACACACCAGUCAGUCACCAGUAAAACGAACCAGUCAACAGUCACCAGGGAAACAACAUAAGCCAGUCACCAUAGUCAAUUAUUCAUCACAACAUUCCAUCAGCAAUGUUUGUUCAUUGAAUUACUGUAA